AGUCCAUCGAUAUCAUCAAUCAUCGGGAUGCCCUUGCUGGUUGAUCCGGCAUGCCAUCACUUUCUACAGCUGCUCUCGCCAACACGACUAGUCUUUGCACCCUGGCUGCAUGCUAUGGAGUCAGGCCAGCCGUCAUGAACUAGUCCAGCCACUCCUGCAUCUCGCGCCCAAUUUUCUGUGGAAAGUCACCAUCGUACUUGCGCCGAGAUGGGUCAGGGCUAUUCUUUGACCUCCCUGUCCGCAGGGUCGGCCGGUAUCGACGUGCCCGAGCUAUCGGAUCUACUGUAUGAAAAGUCCCUGGGUUCAGCAAGGUUUAUGAAAAGCAUCAGAGCUCGCCAGCAGAAUGGCUUAGCUUUUGUCAAAGUUAUCAUGAAACCGUACCCAAGCUUACAGCUGGACCCCUACGUUAAAGCAAUAACCCGUGAAAGAGAGCUGCUCGCCAGUGUCCCUAAUGCGUUACCUUACCAGCGCAUCUUGGAGACUAGUACUAGUGGAUAUUUGGUUCGCCAAUACAUCUACAGCUCUCUGUACGACAGAUUGAGCACGCGCCCCUUCUUAGAGCACAUUGAAAAAAAAUGGAUCGCUUUUCAACUUCUGUGUGCGCUUCGCGACUGUCACUCUCAAGAUAUCUUUCAUGGAGAUAUUAAGACUGAAAAUGUUCUAGUUACUUCGUGGAACUGGCUGUACCUAUCUGAUUUUUCAUCUUCAUUUAAGCCAACCUUUCUCCCAGAAGACAAUCCAGCGGACUUCUCUUUCUAUUUUGAUACAUCUGGUCGACGAACCUGUUAUCUUGCUCCGGAAAGGUUUCUAGAGGCAGGGGAAGAGCCGGAAGGAAGACAAGUUAACUGGGCAAUGGACAUUUUCAGCGCAGGAUGUGUCAUUGCAGAGCUCUUUCUUGAAGCGCCUAUUUUCACACUCAGUCAGUUCUACAAGUACCGCAAAGGAGAAUAUAGUCCUGAGCAUAGCCAUCUAUCGAAAAUAGAAGAUCGAGAUGUUAGGGAGUUGAUUCUUCAUAUGAUUCAGAUUGACCCUGAGUCGAGAUAUUCAGCCGAAGAAUACCUCAAUUUCUGGAGACACAAGACUUUUCCAGAAUAUUUUUACAGUUUUCUUCAUCAGUAUAUGUCUCUCAUUACUGAACCAACUUCAGGAAAGACACAUGUCGAUGCAGAGACUGGCAAUACAGGCGAGCCCGAUGAUCGAAUAGACCGCGUUUACCUAGACUUUGACAAAAUAUCUUAUUUCCUAGGCUCUAGCCCCAAACUAUCCGAUGAUGGGUCGAAAAUGGUUACCACAAAACUCACCAGCCAGGUCCUCCCGGUUCAUUUAGACCUCCCCGCUGCUCAGCAUGCAUCCUCAAAAUCAGAGCCACAAGAGGGUGCUCUCAUUUUUCUUACUGUCGUUGUGUCAAAUUUAAGGAAUACGGCAAAAUCUUCCGCCAAAGUGAAGGCUUGCGACUUGCUUUUGGCAUUUGCUGAACGGCUUCCUGACGAGUCUAAACUGGAUCGCAUUCUGCCAUACGUGAUGACCUUACUCAAUGAUCGAUCUGAUGCUGUCAGAGUGGCAGCAAUACGCACCCUCGCCCAACUUCUUUCCAUGGUCAAAGUCGUCUCUCCAGUGAACGCCUAUAUAUUCCCAGAGUAUAUAUUCCCCAGACUUUACCCCUUGACUGGAGAUACGACAAACAACACUAGUCCUAUGGUCCGUGCUGCAUAUGCUUCUUGCAUUGCCUCACUUUCGCAAUCAUCUUUGAGGUUUUUAGAUAUGAUUCAAGCACUUAGGACAGACACGCGGCUACGAUCUGUCAUUCCUGCUGGCUCUGAAGCUGACUGGACUGAGGAUGCUAGCUUUCAUAACCUUUAUGAUGUCGGGAAAAUUGACCUUUUGGAGUUCUUUGAAACCCAUACCAAGUCUCUUCUUACUGACAGCGAUCCAUCUGUACGUCGCGCUUUCCUUGGAUCGGUUCCGAGUCUUUGUGUUUUUUUCGGAAAUGCGAAAACAAAUGAGGUAAUUUUGAGCCAUUUGAACACUUAUUUAAACGACAAGGAUUGGAUACUCAAGUGUGCAUUCUUCGAGGCGCUUGUUGGUGUUGCAGCUUAUGUCGGAAGUGUAAGCCUUGAAGAGUUUAUUCUUCCUUUAAUGGUACCAUCGAUGACGGAUGCGGAGGACUUCGUCGUCGAGAGAGUUAUUCGUUCCAUGACAGCAAUGGCUGAUCUAGGCCUAUUCCAAAGGUCAACCACAUGGGAGCUGCUUCACAUUGUCGUCCGAUUUUUUCCUCAUCCCAAUGGAUGGAUUCGAGAGGCGGCGAUACACUUUGUGGUAACAUGCUCAAAGUUUCUAUCCUUUGCAGACAAACAUUCCAUUCUCACACCGCUUGUACGACCAUUUUUGAAGACGAACAUCAUCGCGAUAACAGAAUGUGAAAUUCUUGACGCACUCAAGCGUCCACUACCAAAGGCCGUGUACGAUAUGGCUCUUGUCUGGGCGCAGAAGUCUGAGAAAGGGGCAUUUUGGAAGGCUGCAAACCGAGACAGCGUUUUCAGUUUAAAUGUUAAUGAUGUCCUCGUUGGCCGCGGUUUUCCCAGGCAGGUAUCUCUCUCUGGACAGCCUAAAAACGAAGAAGACGAACAGUGGAUUUCGAGGCUAAGAAGCCUCGGUAUGACUCAAGAGGACGAAUUCAAGCUCUUUGUUCUUCGGGAAUAUGUUUGGAGAGUGGGUAUGAGGUCAAGCCGAAGCUCCGAUGUGGCGGAAACGUCUAAUUUGAAUAAUCUCAUAACAUUGGCUCAGUCUGGGGUUACACCACAGACUGUUUUCUUCGACAAAAACCAAGGCAUCAAGCAACGAAGGCUGUCAACGGACUAUGAACCCACACAGGGACACAAGGGUACAAAAACUCACACAAUAGCAGACGCACUACUAGAUGCGUCUACAACUAUUAAUUCUCAGGCAGCAGCUCCCCAAAGACACCAUCGAUCAAGUGCUACCGCUGUAGAGGCCAUAAAAAAUGGCCCACAAAGCCCCUCGACCUCACCUUCGCCAGCCCCCCAAUCGGCCUCUCAGGAGUCUUCCGCCCCAAGUUCGGACAUCGAUCAGGGGGCAACUGCAAAAUUUCAAGAUGCCGACAAGAAUUUCGACCGGGGUAGCAUAGCAACAGCAACAAACCCGGGAAAUCUAACCCCAACGGGUUCACUCAACCGAAUUGAAAGAAAAUCAAGUGCUAUAAAUCUUCUGAACCGCAAAGACAGUGGCAAAACUUACGCCGAAACAAGUAUGAAUUCGAUGAAUGCAUUCGGCAAAGUAGAUGUCCAUUCUCAACGCAAGACCUCGCCAUCUCCUUUAGGAAUGGCAAAAGAGAAUGCAGUUCAGCAAACAGUCCCCCAACAAUACCAUGCCGGACAUUCCUAUAGCGGUAAUGAUCCGGUGAUCCUGAAGCUUCUAGACAAUGUUUUCGCUGAAAAUUAUCCUACUGAUCUCUUCGAUCUUGGUCCGUUUGUGAAAGAAGUAGAUCCCCGCCGCCCAAUCAAGAGAGCUAGUGGUGAGAAUACGGAUAAACCUUGGCGGCCUGAAGGCGUGCUCGUUGCUAUGUUCGGAGAGCAUACAGCGCCAGUUAACCGGGUAGUAGCUGCACCCGACCACUCCUUUUUUGCUACAGCCUCAGAUGAUGGUACUGUCAAAGUAUGGGAUACUACCAGACUGGAGAAGAACUUAACGCCCAGAUCACGCCAGACAUACCGCCAUGCCCCUGGCACGAAGGUAAAAUGUCUUACAUUUGUGGAAAACACGUACACAUUUAUUAGCGGGGCUACCGAUGGAAGCAUUCAGGCAGUUAAGAUUGACUAUCACAAAGUAAAUGAAACAGUGCGCUACGGCAAAUUACAAGUUGUUCGUCAAUACCAGCUGCCAACAGGAAAUGAUGGUGCCGUUGAAUACGCCACUUGGGUGGAGCACUUUCGCUCGGAGGCCCAGUCGACGUUACUCAUUGCCACCAAUACUUGUCGUAUCAUAGCUCUUGAUAUGAAGACGAUGCUUCCGAUCUAUUCAUUGCUAAAUCCAGUUCAUCACGGGACGCCUACAGUGUUUUGCUACGAUCGUAAACGUAGUUGGCUUUUGGUUGGGACUUCACAUGGUAUUUUGGACCUCUGGGAUCUUCGAUUUCGAGUCAGGUUGAAAGCUUGGGGUCUUCCAGGUGGAACAGCAAUCCAUCGACUUCAGAUUCACCCAACCAAAGGCCGCGGUCGAUGGGUGUGCGUUGCGGGAGGAAGUGGAAAUGGGGGUGAAGUCACAGUUUGGGAUAUUGAAAAAGUCCAGUGCCGAGAGGUAUACCGAGCAGCAUCCCCAUCAGUCGCGGUCGGCAACCAGUCUUCACCGAAUGGAAAUUCUUCAAGCCAUCGGACAUCGGUUGUAAACAACUUAGUUGCGAUGAAUACGGUUACUAAAAGCUAUGAACCUUGGCGAGUGGAUGAAGACCGGCCGGAAGGAAUGCUUAGUCGGUUCGCGAGUACGUCGUCAACUGGCAUCGAACCCAACACAAAUUUGUCGCCAACUUCACCCGGGAUCGGAGACCGGAAUGGCAUUUGUGCUCUCAAUGUUGGAUUCGAUAUGCCAGCGGAUGGUAAAGAGAGUACUAAAUGUGGAUUUGCGAUAUCGGCAGGGUCGGACCGUAAAAUUCGAUUUUGGGACCUUGCUCGGCCGGAGCUCUCAAGUAUACUGAGUGGUUUUGACGCAGCAUCUGAUGCAGGAAUUGCUGCAACUCCCCGAUACGAGAGCGUUCAACCAGCACCUAGCCUCACCGUCACAACGGAGCACAUGCCCAAUGUUCCUGGAUCUAGCAGUCGAAGUGGUGGUAGCGGUAAAAAAGGUAGCACCAGUGCUUCAAGACCACCUCGAAGCACUGUCAUUAGCCUACAGCAGCAGCAACUCCUCAAAAGCCAUUUGGACUCUAUAUUAGACGUGGCUAUCCUCCGGGUACCGUAUGGAAUGACCGUCAGUGUGGAUCGGGCGGGAAUGGUCUACGUGUUUCAGUAACAGCAAUAACAAUUCUCUUUGAUGUCUCCAGAAUCUAGAGUCAGUGGAUGGAGCCAAAGGAGUGCUAAUUCUGUUGAAAGCGGGUAGAUUAAGUGAAUAGUAUUAUUCGAUAUUAGAUGACCUAACUAUAUUUUGUCUUAGAGAUACCUCAUUUCAGAUGAUAUUUGAGACUAGCUAGAUAUUCAAAUUUUAUUUUUAGUCCA